AUGAUUCUCAAUGGCGACCCCAACUCGCCGACAUUGGACAGAAACUACGGCACACUGGUGAGCUGGGACGACAACGCGGACGCCGACAACUGGGCAGUCACGCGAGCCCAGUUCAUCCCGGGCGAUGGCCUUGUUGUCCUCGAGGCCCAGGAACGCCUUCUGCGUUUCUUGAUUGACUGCUGUGCGCUGGUGCUCCACGAGGUCGACAUGGCGUCCGUCCAGGACGCACCCGUUCUGCCGGAGCCGGUGCUCAAGCAAGAAGCCGAGGCAGCGGGCUUCGACUCGCUCGCCGUCAUGGCCAGCGAAGCACCCUACCGUGUUCCCGCCAAGAUUGACUUUAACCGCAUCAUCGCCCUCCUCGCCGCCUGGACCUCCGCCGCCGAGGAUCACAUCUGGUCGCUGCGUGAAGAUCCCGCGUACUUUGCGAGUACCUUGAUGGAAAUCAAGGAGCACCGGCUCGAGAUGCUGCCAGACAUGAAUGGCAACGUGCACCCGACUCUCGAACGCUUCCGGCAGCAUAUUCUCUGGGAACGCGUCAUUGGCGUCAUGAUCGGGUCUGCCUAUUUGAUGCACGAGUCGUUUGCCCAGCUGCUCGCCCAGCCCCGCCUCGUGCAGCAGCUUCAACAAAGCUGCCAAGGGGCCCUGCAGCAGUUCCAGGUGGUGGUCCCAGCUUCGCCGCCCAUGCGCAACCUCUUUUGGCGCGAACCGCCGCCCAACAAGACUACGUCCCACAUUGCCGUCCAGUCGCGGCCAGCUGCGCGCAGAAAUAUCGCUACCGAGCUCACCUUCCAGUUCAGCAUGCUCUGGGAGGACGGGCAGCAGAUCUUCUUGCUGCGCAUGACCACGGCUGUGGACGAGCUGGAGCGCCUGAUCGAGACGGAGCCCGAAGCCAAGAGUCUUGUGUCGGCCCACGUCGCGGCAUUCAUAGGCGACCUCUCGAUUGUGGCCCAGUGCCUGGCCCAGAUCGACCUCUACCAGCCGUGGUCCAGUGGCUUUGAAAACCACAUGGUCAAGUACAAGGACACGGUCGAGCGCGCCGUUGACGCCGAGCACGCUCCGAUGAUCAAGAUUCAGGCGGCCGUGCAGGACAACAGUCUUGCGGAUGCCACCAAACUCGGCACACCGACCGGCGGCCGCUUUGCGUAUCCCUGCGAGAAGCGCCCCACCAAGGAAAACACCGAGGCACUGCGGCAGGCAGAGCGCAACCUGGACGCGUUCUGGGCCUGCGUCGACCGCCACAUGUACGUCAAGGCCGGCGAUUUGACCGGCACCGCGACGCAGACGCUGUUGUUGCAACCGCGGAUCGUGCAGCGCACCGCCCAAUGGGUGGAGCCGGUCAUGCCGGGGAACGGGAAAGGUGGGAAGAAAGGAGCGGCACCGGCGAACAAGACGUCCAGUGGCAGCAUCGGCAAUCCGCUGUCUGCGUUUUACUUUGGUGUCGUCGAGAAGCCAUCGCAGGGACGCCUCACCGCAUCGUCGUCCAGAGACAAGGCCAAGAUCAAGACCAAGACCAAGGGUAUGGCGGCAGCGGCAGCGGCAUCCCCGACGGACGACCUCGCUGGUCUCUCACUCACUGAUGCCGAGCCCGUCGUGCAAGACACACAGCCCACCAUGCCGGUCGACGCCCGCGCCCUCAAAGUCUUCCGCACCCUCUUCUUCAAUGCCGACGUCUCCUCCACCCCGGGCGAGGUCCCCUGGCGCGACUUUUUGCACGCCAUGACCUCCACGGGCUUUCAGGCCGAGAAGCUGUACGGUUCCGUCUGGCAGUUCCGCCUCACGGCUCUCGACAUCGAGCGCAGCAUCCAGUUCCACGAGCCGCACCCGCGGGGCAAGAUGACGUACGAGGUGGCGCGGCGGGUUGGACGUCGUCUGAACCGCGCGUAUGGCUGGGUUAGUGACAUGUUUGUGCUUAAGAAGUGA